AUGACAUCAACAGGGAAAGAAGGCAGCGGAGCUCAACAUGCACAAUAUGUUGGACCCUAUCGUUUGGAGAAAACCCUAGGAAAAGGACAGACAGGGCUUGUGAAGUUGGGGGUUCACUGUGUCACGUGUCAGAAGGUCGCGAUAAAAAUUGUCAACAGAGAGAAGCUCAGUGAGUCGGUGCUAAUGAAGGUGGAGCGGGAAAUAGCCAUCCUGAAGUUGAUAGAACAUCCCCACGUUUUAAAGCUGCAUGAUGUUUACGAAAAUAAAAAAUAUUUGUAUUUGGUGCUAGAACAUGUGUCAGGUGGGGAGCUCUUCGACUAUCUCGUAAAAAAGGGAAGAUUGACACCAAAAGAAGCCAGGAAGUUCUUCCGACAAAUCAUCUCUGCUUUAGACUUCUGCCAUAGUCAUUCAAUAUGCCACAGGGACUUAAAACCAGAAAACCUACUGCUGGAUGAAAAGAACAACAUCCGAAUAGCAGACUUCGGGAUGGCAUCGCUGCAGGUCGGGGACAGCUUGUUAGAAACCAGUUGUGGAUCACCACAUUAUGCUUGUCCUGAAGUCAUCCGGGGAGAAAAAUACGAUGGAAGGAAAGCAGACGUCUGGAGCUGUGGAGUCAUUUUGUUUGCGUUGCUAGUGGGUGCCCUGCCUUUCGAUGACGACAACUUGCGGCAACUGCUGGAGAAGGUGAAGCGUGGAGUGUUCCACAUGCCCCAUUUUAUCCCUCCCGACUGUCAGAACCUUUUGCGGGGGAUGAUUGAAGUGGAUGCCUCGAAACGUCUCACGCUAGAACAUAUUCAGAAACACAUAUGGUAUAUAGGGGGUAAGAAUGAGCCAGAACCAGAGCAACCAAUCCCUCGAAAGGUGCAGAUUCGUUCUCUCCCUUCCUUGGAGGAUAUUGAUCCAGACGUGUUAGAUAGCAUGCACUCAUUAGGCUGCUUCCGUGACCGAAAUAAACUCUUACAGGACUUGUUGUCGGAAGAAGAAAACCAAGAAAAAAUGAUUUAUUUUCUUCUGCUUGACCGGAAGGAGAGGUAUCCUAGUCAUGAAGAUGAGGAUCUUCCCCCUAGAAAUGAAAUAGAUCCCCCCAGGAAGCGCGUGGACUCCCCAAUGCUGAACAGGCAUGGGAAGCGGCGGCCGGAGAGGAAGUCCAUGGAGGUUCUCAGUGUGACAGAUGGUGGAUCCCCAGUUCCUGCUCGCAGAGCGAUUGAAAUGGCACAACACGGGCAGAGGUCUCGGUCAAUCAGCGGAGCAUCGUCUGGGCUCUCCACUAGUCCUCUCAGCAGUCCAAGGGUCACCCCUCACCCCUCUCCAAGGGGAAGUCCCCUCCCUACCCCCAAGGGGACACCUGUUCAUACGCCAAAGGAGAGCCCAGCAGGCACACCCAACCCAACACCACCAUCCAGCCCCAGCAUUGGAGGAAUGCCUUGGAGGACACGGCUCAACUCCAUCAAGAAUAGUUUCCUGGGGUCUCCUCGUUUCCAUCGUCGGAAAUUGCAAGUACCUACACCAGAAGAGAUGUCUAAUUUAACCCCAGAAUCAUCCCCAGAGCUUGCCAAAAAAUCCUGGUUCGGUAACUUCAUCAACUUGGAGAAAGAAGAACAGAUUUUUGUGGUCAUUAAGGACAAACCACUAAGCUCCAUUAAGGCUGAUAUAGUCCACGCUUUCCUCUCGAUCCCAAGUCUCAGUCACAGUGUCAUCUCACAGACAAGUUUCCGUGCAGAAUAUAAGUCCACAGGAGGUCCUGCUGUCUUCCAGAAGCCAGUGAAGUUCCAGGUGGACAUAACAUACACAGAAGGGGGAGAGGCACAAAAGGAGAACGGGAUCUAUUCUGUCACUUUCACACUCUUAUCAGGUCCGAGCCGUCGCUUUAAGAGGGUAGUAGAAACCAUUCAGGCACAGUUGUUAAGCACACAUGACCAGCCUUCAGUGCAGCAGUUAUCAGACACCACUAACUGUAUGGAGUUGAUGACUGGCAGACUUUCCAAAUGUGGCAGCCCAUUGAGUAACUUCUUUGACGUAAUUAAACAACUUUUUUCAGACGAGAAGAACGGGCAGGUGAGCCAUCCCCCCGGCACGCCAACCAAGCAUAGCGCAAACAGCAAGCGGAGCGAUUCCGGUUCUAAUGACUAUGGGUCUAGAGGAGACAAUAAGUACCCUGCUGGCAAAGACAAGGCAAAGAUGGUCUCAUCAGUCGGCCUACAAGACCAACCUUAAAUAAACACAUAAAAAAUUAAAUACUUUAGAGAGAAAAAAAAACAAAACAAAACAAAACAAAAAGAAAAAGAAAAAAAGCAAGAAAGAAUGAAAGAAUAUUCCUUAGCAAGCUAGCCUCUAAACUAGAAGGAUGUAUAUACCUUGCCACAACAGUACAAAACUGUCUAUAGACAAAUUUUGUAUGAAGGAAUGACUGUAUAUAUAUACAUAUAUAUAUUUAUAUAUGAUAUAUAAUAUAUAUCUCAGAAACAAACACAAAAACGAACGAAUGAAAGAAUGAAAAGAAAAGAAAGAAAAGAGAAGGUAGCACAGAUGACAAACCCAGUUCACCAGAUCUUGGGUUGUGGUUUUUUUUAUUGGUUUUUUUCCUCCCUUUUUUUGAAUGUUUUGCUUUUUUUCUCCUUCCUGAUUUUUUGUGUUUUUUUUUUUGUUGUUGUUUUUUGGAUUUUUUUUGCUUUUUUGUUUUCUUUUUUUUGUUUCUUGUUCUGUUCAUGCUCUCUCUGUGUUUCUGACGACACCACUUGUUUCCGCUCUGCUACCAGGAAUUAUCCCGAAAAGUUAACAUGUCAGCCACGGCUUCACCUUCUGUGCUCUGCGGACACUUGUUGACGGAAGGCAACCGAUGUAGACUGUCCAAGGACCAGUCCUGUUUGAGGUUCCCAGCCUCCCCUCUCCCUU